GUCACAUAUCAUGCGGAAUGCAUCGAAUUUCUUAAUUAAAAAACACGACAGCUGAGUUUAACAUGUAACCUUGAAGAGAUGGGGCACUAAGACAAUGACGAGUAAAGGAUGAGGUUGGAGAAUGUAUUGCAUCGGGAGGUUGUGAAGAUUUGUGAUUGUUAUCAAACAGGUUUAGAAUAAUCUCAAUGAAAGAUAGCAUAGAGGGGCGCGUUUGUGAUACCGCCACCAUGGAUUCCACGGAUAACGCGUACUACAGUGACAUGACCUGCGACACGAGCGUCACGUCAGAAUCGUCAACUGUCGUUCAGACUAGACGGUCUUAUCAAAAGAAACAUCAUAGGACGUCACAGGAUCAUCGGUUGCAUUACCAUGCUGAUAAGGAUGACUGUAGCCCGGACAGCGACGAGGCAAAUAAUAGUAAAAUAUUCUCGUUCAUGAGACUGGAGACGGGAAAAAUCGCGUUAAACAAGGGCACGUCACUCCCGUCUGAAUUAGAAGAGCUGGACGGGGAGAGCUGUGACUGCCACUGUGGGGCCUGUUGUAGUUGCCAGAGCAAUGCUCCCGCCACCAGACAUUCGCAGGGUUGCCACGGUUACAAGUACAUGUGCAAGAAAAUGUCGGAGGGAGCUACAGAAUGUCCCAACGCCAGCAGUAGCGAAACCCAGCUUCUGCCGAGUCCGACUGCCAUAGAAUCCUGGGGCCAUUUUAGUAAGCACAGACAAAAUCAUUACAAGUACAGACGCAGCGAUUAUUCCAGUGACAGUGACGAAGACGGUGAGGUGGGAUCGAAAAAUCCCACUUUGAAAACAACAGUGCUAGUGAAACAAAAGUCCCAUUUACCGAGUCUUACAUUAACGAGACAAAAUUCUACCUCUUCCAACAAGAGUUACGAAACAGCAGCUGCCGAAGGUUACGACAUCUGCUCGUGGAAGGAGGGUGUAAAGCCUUGCACUUUCAAAGAGAGGGUCAAAAUCAUGCUCGAGUGGUUUUCCGAUUUCAAUGAUGAACAAAAAAAUCUUACGCUUAAGGAACUGCUGGUGGGCUGCGAGUUGCCCCAACUUCACCUGCUCUCCGUGAAGAUGGAGGCUAACUUACACCAUGGCUGCCCCCCGAACUGCCAGGACCUGCUGACGUGGCUGCCCACCAACCAGGCAACCAAGAUACUCUCCUACCUUGACCCAGUGAGUCUGUGUAGAGCUUGCCAGGUGUGCAAGGUGUGGAACCAGUUGUCGGAAGAGCUGUCGCUAUGGCGACGCUUCUGUUGCCAACCAAAAUGGCGGCUGUGCAAGGCGGCUGAGCACAAACAGGUGAUCAGUCACAUGUCACACGGCAGUAUACAGUGGAAGAAGGUAUUUGCAGAACGUUAUCGACUACGAAACAAUUGGCUGAAGGGUCGCUGUACUGUGAGAACCUUUGAAGGUCACACGCAGGGAAUCUCCUGCGUGCAGUUUGAUGACACCAGGAUUGUUAGCGGCUCUUCUGACAAAACGAUUAAGGUAUGGAACAUCAGGACCAAUGCCCAGUGGUCCGUGCAGACACUGGUGGGUCACAGUGGCACGGUACGGUGCCUUCACUUGGAGGGUAACAGGCUGGUCAGUGGCUCCUCUGACUGCAUGAUCAAGGUGUGGGAUUUGUCCACUCAAGAGAGCUGGUCAAGCAUCGCGUGUAAGGUGACCAUGACUGGACACUCGGACACGGUCAGAUGUCUGCAGGUGGAUGAUGUGAAGGUGAUCAGUGGUUCCUAUGACAAGUCCCUUAAGAUCUGGGACCUGCACACUGGACAGUGCACCAUGACCUUGAGGGGCCACAUGGCUGCAGUGUUAUGUGUUCACUUCAACGAUACAAAGGUUGUGUCAGGGUCAUGUGACAAAACGAUCAAGGUGUGGAAUUACCAGGGCUUGUGCAUAAUGACCUUGGCGGGUCACCAGGACGCUGUGACUUGCCUGCAGUUCGACUUGACGCGGAUCGUGAGCGGCUCACUGGACUGUAACCUCAAGAUCUGGGACAUCCACUCUGGCGAGUGCAUCAAUACCAUUGACUGGAAGGCCGCUGAAGGUCACACGGGGGUCGUGCGGUGUCUGCAGGCUGACAGCUGGAGGCUCGUGAGUGCGGCGGACGAUAAAACAAUCAAGGUGUGGAAUCUUGAGACAGGCAAGCGCCUGGUGACCUUAAGAAACCACACGGAUGGCGUCACAUGCCUGCAGUUCAACGACUUUAUCAUCGUGUCGGGAUCUUACGACAAGACUGUUAAACUCUGGGACUUUAGCUCAUGUUAAUUUGCUCUUACCACGUGCUACGUUGUUUACUGACAUCCUCGUGUUGUGCUCACUCAUAUCACAAUUCUCUUGGUAUCAGCUCUGCAAAUUGAAACAAUUAAUGAAGAACUGUUAAUUGUGUGUUUUCUAAUUUAAUUGUAUACAUCAAUGAACCGUUAUUUUUUUUUCUAAUUGGAUUUUAUGAAUCAAUGUACCUUCAAGAAGUUUAUUUCAUAUCAUUGAAAUGAAGAAAAAAUAUUCUGGAUACAUUUUUUGUUAUUUUUAUCCCAUAAAUGCCUAGAAUCUAGAAAAAAAGGCCUCGGCAAACAGCGUAGACCCAGAUGAGACGCCACAUGAUGCAGCGUCUCAUCAGGGUCUGCGCUGUUUGCUUAAAAUAAUUUCUGUAAGAAAUAUUUUAAAUAUAGAAAUAAAUAUACUAGACAUCCCUAAUUUUGGAAAUAAAUUGAUCCAUUUUAGAAGGAUGGGAGAGUCCACUAGGCAUAAAUGGGUUUAUGAAUGAUUUGCAAACUGGACUGAGGGAUUGAAUUCAUGCCUUAGGUUGUAAACCUCAAUUUUAUCAUUUUUGUUGUUAGUUGUUUAUCAAUAUGUUAGUGAUGUUUGUUUUUCAAAUUUUUCUUUCGUUUUUACUUUGUUUUUAUAUUCAGCAUUGGACAAACAAUGCUUAUAAUCAUAAGCAUUUUUCCACAUUUGUGACAUUAACAAGUUCAUGUUGUUCCACAACCAGUAUUGUUUUUGGACCACUCCGUUUAGAAUUUAUAAGCAUGUCUUUUGUAAAAUUAAAAGUUAUUGGUUGUUUGAAAGUGUGUGAUAAAAAGAUCGAACCCUCAUUCUCGUUUCAGAGCAAAGCUCAACUUACUGACAAAAGUCCUUAAAUAAUUUAAGAAUGUAUGCUAGUACCCAGUAAAUAUCACUGGUAAUAAAGGGUAGAACAAAUAUUGUUGAACUGAGAACAGUAAUGUCUACUCAGGUGUAAGCUAUCUUCUAUUUGGGUGUGUGAUAUUUAUAUUGAUUAAUUAAAUUAAUUAUGUUUAUUUUUGUUUCACUUAACUCAAUCCUGUACUUUGUUUGAAAUCUUGGUCACCAUCGCAAUCAGCAGAAAUGACAAAUUAUUUGCAUAAUGUUUUACUGUGUUUGAUAAAAGACAAACAUUUCACAACCUGUAUCUAUAAACAUAAAGACUUUAUCUUUAUAUACUUUAUCUCUAGUUAAAGAACAGGGAAAUAAGCUGUUCACAGUUUUCAGUACCAGCACAAACAUUAAGCAUGUAAAGCUUCAUUUGGACAUGUAAUUAUUAAAAACAGAAAUAUAAAAAAAAACAGAAAACAAGGUGUAUUUAAUUUAAAAUGUCAUGCUUCAAAGAAUUGAUUAAUAUAUUGCCCAUGCUAAGUGUGUGUCGUAUAUUAUUAUAAAGGUAAUCAUAGUCUUAAAAAAAUAAUGCUGUAUGUGAUGCAGAAUUGGUCAUUAAUAUUUGCUCACAAAUACAAUACAAUGUA